AUGUUCACAAAGUUCCAUGACCGGGCGUAUGACCCAGGACUUCAUAGGCUCCCAGCAUACUACGCACGCGUCCUCCUCGUGAUUGAGGUGCAGCUGCUGCUGUUCUUCUGCUGCGUCGGGACCCUUGUGGUCAAGAAGGUGAAAGAAGGGCCUCGACGGACUUGGUUUCAGUUCGGGUUGGACUCCUCGAAGCAGUUCCUCGGUGCAGGAUGGAUUCAUGUCAUGAACCUUCUGUGCGCCACUAUCAUGGGCAACCGCAUGGGUGAAGGAGACGAGUGCGAGUGGUACUGGCUGAACAUCAUGCUGGACACCACCCUGGGAGUGUGGGUGGAAUACAUCCUGCUUCGAGUUCUCACUGAAGCUUUGGACUCCCUGUUGGGAGAGGGUGCUCAGGACUUCCGGACAGGCAUCUACUGGCGAAACGGGGAGUUUCAGGUGAUUAUGUAUGUGAAGCAGCUUGUCGUGUGGCUUUGCAUUGUGAGCUUCAUGAAGCUCGCAAUGGUGGUGUUGAUGAUUCUCUUGGCCAAGCCAUUGACGCUAGCAGCGCGGACCGUGCUAAACCCCUUCCUUGAGAAACCCGAGUUGAAGCUGAUCAUCGUCAUGAUCGCCACUCCGAUGAUCAUGAACGCCUUCCAAUUCUGGGUCACCGAUAACUUCAUCAAGAAGCCUGAAGGUGAUGAGAGUCAAGGAUUCUCUGCCCCAAUGCUGGGAGCAGUAGGAGGAUCCAGCUCUGGGAAUCACAACUCCUGUGCCAGCAAUGAGCUAGAGCAGCUAAGAAGUGAAUCUGCUGUGGAGGCAGGGCUUGGUGCAAGCGCGCCAGCGCCGGCAGC